AUGGAUCCGCUCACUGCAGCCGGCCUAGCAAGCAGUAUCAUCUCCUUUGUCAGUUUCACAACUCAGGUGAUUUCACGAUGCGAGAAACUCUAUCGGUCCGCUUCAGGGGCUUUGGCAGAAAACCUAGAGCUAGAAAAUCUCGCCACAAAUAUUCGUCGAUUGGCUGAGGAAACUCGAUGCACGAAGGAAGAUGAGAUACUCGAGAGCCUCAGUUCACAGUGCAUGAGUGUAUCUGAUGAGCUGAUCGCGCUCCUCAACUCGGUGAAGGUUAAGAGCGACCGGCAUGGAUGGGCUAGCAUCCACCAAGCCGUCAAAUCAGUAUGGAAGCAGAGCGAUAUCGAUGAUAUCCAGCAGAGAUUGAACCGAAUUCAAACUCUGCUUCAUAAUCGUUUGGUCACCCACCAGCAGCGCGAGAUCGACUACAAGUUAGAACGUCUUAUCGAGGAGAAUGAGCGCCUGGAUUUGAAUCGGACCAAGGAGCUGGAAACGCUGAGAAAUCAGAUCACAUCCGCCCUGCACGAUAUCAUCAAUGAUGUCCAGCAGGAAGGCCAGAAGACGCGAGCCUGGUCGGCGUUGUACGCUGGCGCGCAGAAAGAGAAAGUGUACUCAACUGAGCAGCUCCUGCUGAACAGCCUUGUCUUCCGCUUGAUUGACUAUCGACUACGAGCUAUUCCGAAGGAACAUGCAAGAACAUUUGCAUGGGUCUUCGAGCCAGACACAAAGUGUGAUCAAACACUCCCACCCGCGAAUUUCGUGAAUUGGCUUCGACAUGAUUACGGCCUAUAUUGGAUCUCGGGGAAGCCAGGCUCUGGAAAAUCAACCCUCAUGAAAUUCCUGGCAGGACAUGAGCAAACUCAAGAACACCUUAAGACAUGGUCUGGGGGCAACAAACUUGUCCUAGCAAGUUUCUACUUCUGGAGCGCUGCCAAGAACUCACUGCAAAAGUCGCAGACCGGCCUACUCCGGUCAAUUCUCUACCAGAUUCUACGCCAAUGUCCAGAACUUAUACGGGUCGCUUUCCCCGACCAGUGGAGCCAGUCAAUUUCCAGCGUCACAGGCUUGGCCGAGACACCCUUCAGCAACGCAGAGCUGCUCGAAGCUUUUGACAAGGUCACCACAGCACUGGAAACUUACCAAAUCCGAUUCUGCUUCUUCAUAGACGGGCUAGACGAGUUUGAGGGCCGACCGGCAGACAUUGUUCAGUUAGUCGAAUAUUUAGGAUCCUCACCCAGCAUCAAAGCUUGUGUUUCCAGUCGUCCAUGGAACGAAUUCGAAUCCAGUUUUGGUAAACACAACCCGUGGAAACUGUACAUUCACGACCUAACGCGGGAGGAUAUCCGUAUAUACGUUGAAGAUAGACUCGGGAAACAUGAACGAUUCCGAGAGCUUCAAGUAUCUGACGAUAACUGUCCCAAUUUUGUGAAAUCAGUUGUCGACACAGCUCAGGGUGUCUUCCUCUGGGUAUUUCUGGUGGUGAACUCGCUUCUGGAUGGCCUCACCAACGCUGACACAGUCUCCCAUCUACGAGAACGACUACUCGAAUUCCCCCAGAGUCUGGAUGAGUACUUCCAGAAAGCCCUUAUGACUGUUGAGGAACGGUACCGCCCGCAAAUGGCUCGGGCCCUCGCUGUCACCCUGGAAGCCGACGAAAUUCUUCCUCUGAUGUGCUACUGGUUUCUAGACCGCGAAGAGCCUGACUAUGCGCUCAAUCUAGAGUUGGGACGGCUGUCCAGGGAGACGAUAAGCACACAGAUGAAGAUUACCCGAACUCGACUGAACGCGUACUGCAGAGGGCUCCUUGAGGUACAAUAUCCUACGGACACCAAGGAUAUCGUAACGAACAUGUUUGUAUCGCUCCUCGACUGCCACGUUGAUUUCCUUCACAGAACUGUACGAGACUUUCUCUGGACGCCAGGAAUGCAAGCUUUGCUCUGUACAUGGCUGCCACGGGGCUUUGAUCUCAACCUCGACAUCUGCAAAGCCAUCCUAGCCUUGAUCAAGCUCUCGGUGCCAAUUUUAGUUCAGGAGACUCACUCACACCUUCUUGCGAGGUUCGUCAAAAUCUUCUUCCAUCACAUAGCGGGAUUAGACGGCGAUACAGCCUACGAAUCUACUCAAUUCGCUCUGCUAGACGAUGUGGCAACAAUUCUCCAGGUCUAUAUUGAGUUUCGACAUCGUCGCGACAAAGACCUGGACCAUGAUGUUGAUGUUGUCCUAGAGUUAGGGCAUUCUCCACAUCAUCAGGCGUUGAACGGGGAGGUAGCAGUACUCGGCCGAUCGAUCCAAGCAGGUCUUGCUCGCUAUACUGAGCAUACACUAAAGAAGCACCCACGUCUGCUCCUGGAGAAUUCUGAAUUACUUCUGGGUAAAGCACUAUUUUCCGCAGCGAAUUGCAAGUCUGAUGGCCUUCUUGCCCCGGAUACCGCGAUGCUCCAGCUACUUCUACGAAAUGGCGCUGACCCUAAUACCCCAGCAUCAAUAAACACCUGGGCAAGAUAUUUAGACCAUUUGAAGUGGAAACAAAAUCAUGGAAUAUCUAAGAAGAAUAUCAACAAUCACUACCCAGCUGUCCUGAUGUUUUUAGACUAUGGGGCCGAUCCCGAUGCCCGGUGUGAGGAUGAGAGGACGGCGGUCAUGAUACUGCAGGAGAUAUUCUCUCCGGCUCAAUACGCCUGUCUGCAAAAAGUGAUUGAGGAUAAACGGCUAAAGAAUGGUAACGGGACGGUUUUUCAAGAAAACCAGGAGGGCACUAGGAAGCAGCAAGCGAAGCUCAAGGAUCCGGGCAAACUCCACGUGGUUCGAUCUACUUUUCGGGAAUUGAGCCCUUUCCGUUCCCGACGGAAAUCCUUAGUUCACCGGUGA